UCUUGCUGUUCACCGGUGUUUGGAGAGAAUGGGAAGUUCCUCCUCAAAAUCAAAACCAGUUGCACCAGUGCCCAUUUCCACCACUGUCACAGUACAUACCACUGUACAGACCUCUACUGCUGCCUUACCAGACUCAGAAGGCGAAUCCUUGUUUGACAACCCUGACAUAUCCUACUUCGCAUUGGCCUUUAUCUCUGGCAUCCUGUCAACUCUUCUGGUGGUUGCAGUUGUCUGCCUCAUCAGGAAAAGGUAUAAGAGAUCCCAAGAAAACCUACAAGAACAAAUUCCCUCCAAGACACAACGUGAGGAAUCUGCUGAAAACAUCCAGAAUGAGGUUUUUUAUGCCUCUGUGGUCAUCAAGCCCCAACCGAAAGCAGCGCCUGUGUGACAGUGGAAUUUGACACAUGAACACCUGCACCUUGUGCAUGCUGGAUGCCAUGGGAUUGGUGCACGGAGGACGGCGGUGCUCUGCGAGGUAUCCAGGCUGCAGUACAUAACAUCAGCUAAAUUCAUAGCUAGGAGGGGAAAACAGCAUCUCCAACUCUACAACUCUCGCCAACACUGGGGACAAAUUGCUUUGUACACCACCUUCCCUCAUCUGGAGCAAUCCUGGUGACACAGCUUGUUGCACAGUUUCCGUGUGGGUUUCCGCUUUUGCUUGGAACUGCUGAGGAGAACUGAAAAACAGAAGUGUUUCUCUGCACCUGUCCACAUCUGUGCCCUUAUUUCCCUGUUCAGUCACUGGCUGCAGCAUUUUUGAUAAGAGCGCCCAACGCUUUGAUUGAAGCACUGAAUUACAUCAUGAUGCACCGCUGCGGGGCAGCACCGAGCAGCCGCCGGAAACACCGGAGCAAAGUUUGAUCCGCGUUAUUCUAAGGUGUAACGUUUUGUGCUUUCUGUUCGUUUGUUUUCGCCUGCUGAAAGCAAUCGGUUCCAUCUACUGACAGCGGUCACGUCGCCAAGCUGUGAUGCACUCGUGCAGUGACUUCCUUUGCCAGC